AUGGGCGACGCAACCAAGGGUAAGAAAUUAUUCAUGAAAAUGUGCGUUACGUGCCAUACUACGGAAAAGGACGGUAAACAUAAAAUGGGUCCUAACCUGCACGGCAUCAUGGGCAAAACAUGUGGAACUGUUCCAGGAUUUGAUUUUACGGAAAGCAUGAAGAAAAAAGCCAUUAUAUGGGACGAAAACACUUUAAACGAUUAUUUGGAAUGUCCUAAAAAAUUUAUUCCGGGAACAAAAAAAUCUUUUUAUGGCAUCAAAAAGAGCGAAGAUCGAAGAGAUUUAAUAGCUUUUCUAGCCACUUUGAAAUAA